AUGGCAAAUCCCCGCUUGUGUCGUCUCCUCAAGCGUCAUUGUGUUUCCUUUCACGCUCAUCGUCUCUGCACCGCUCGUGUAUUCCAGUUUGUCAAACUGAAGCCUGUCAUGGUCCGUUCUGACAUUCGAGGCUUUACCCCGUUCAGGUUCUCUGUUGAACCCGUCGACACGCUGGCCGUUCGCGGGCUCCCCGCUGUCCUGAACUGCUCGGCCGCUAGCGACGCUCCGGUGAGGGUGGAAUGGAAGAAGGAUGGAACGUUCCUGAACCUGGUAGCGGACGACCGGAAGCAGCAGCUAGCCGACGGCUCUUUGCUCAUCAGUGUGGUGGUCCACUCCAAACACAAUAAGCCUGAUGAGGGGGUGUACCAGUGCGUGGCCACCAUCGACAACCUGGGCACCAUCAGCAGCCGAACCGCACGCCUCACAGUGGCAGGACUUCCGCGCUUCCUCAGUCAGCCGGAGGGUGUGUCUGUGCGCUCGGGCGGCACUGAGAUGCUGAGCUGUGAGGUGACGGAGGAGCUGGUCCCGUUCACCCGCUGGGAGAGGGACGGUCGGCCCGUGGAGCUCGAUGGCAGGGUCAUACAGCUGCCCAGCGGAGCUCUGGUCAUCAGCAACGGCUCCCAGAGCGACGCCGGACUCUACCGCUGCACCAUAGACGCUCUGGGACCGGCCAAAACCACAGACGAGGCAGAACUACAGGUGUCUGCAGAUUCGGGUGUUGAAGAAAAAUUGGAGACUCUCCAGGGCCCCGUUGCUGUGGCGAAGGUUGUCGGGGAGAGCGUGUUGUUGCCAUGCGUCAUGAAGGGAUACCCCCUGCCAGUGAUUCGCUGGACGUUUAACGACCGGCCGAUUGACGAGAGCCGUGAGCGUUUUGCUGUGAUUGGCGGGGGAAGCCUGCAGAUCGUCAACCUGACCAAAGAGGAUGCUGGGAUAUACGUCUGCCAGGCGAACAGUGGCAACAUGACCAGCGAGAUCCAGGCAGAGCUCACGGUGCACGUUCCUCCUCGGUUCUUGACGAGACCCUCCAACACUUACGCCCAGGAGUCGAUGGACAUCAUCUUUGAGUGUGACGUCACCGGCUCACUGCCGCUCACCGUCAAAUGGAUGAAGGAUGGAGACACGGUCAUUCCCAGUGAUUAUUUCAGGAUGAAGCAGCAUAACUUGCAGGUUUUGGGUUUAGUAAAAUCAGAUGAAGGUUUUUAUCAGUGUUUAGCGGAGAACGACGCCGGGAACGUCCAGGCCAGCGCUCAGCUGAUCAUACUGGAUUUAGACGUUGCCCUUCCUUCACUGACCGAUGCCACUACUGACCAUGUAGCGUCCAGCCCGUCCGAGCGCAACGACCCGACGCCCUCCGCCCCGCGUGAUGUCGUGGCGUCUCUAGUGUCCACUCGAUUCAUCAAGCUGACGUGGCGCCUUCCUGCCGAGCCACACGGGGAGAACAUCACCUACUCUGUGUUCUACAGUCUGGAAGGCACUAACAGGGAGCGUGUGGAGAACACCAGCGGACCGGGAGAGAUGCUGGUCACCAUCCAGAACCUCGUCCCCGACACCAAGUACACCUUUCGGGUGGUCGCGUCCAACGCUAACGGCCCGGGCGAGAGUUCCACCCCCCUUACAGUGGCCACCCAGCUGGAGGUUCAGGUCCCGUGUGCGGCUCCGAAUCUGCAGGUGGUCUCUGUCAGCACUGCCUCGGUCACACUGAGCUGGGAGAGACCCAUGACUGGAAACGCCGAGAUCCAGACCUACAGACUCUUCUACAGCGAGAAGGGCCGAGACUCGGAGCAGGACAUGGACGUCACAGGCCUGUCCUACACCAUGACAGGCCUCAAGAGGUUUACAGAGUACAGUUUCAGGGUUGUGGCGUACAACAAACACGGCCCCGGCGUCUCCACUGAAGAUGUUGUGGUCCGAACGCUGUCUGACGUGCCGAGCGCUCCUCCGCAGAACCUCACUCUGGAGGUCCUGAACUCAACGAGCAUCAUGGUCCGAUGGCAGCCGCCUCCCGCUGGUACCCUGAACGGAGAGCUGACGGGGUAUAAGUUACGCUACCGGAAAGGACUCAGGAGAGCAGACGCAAUGGAGAUCUCAACCACACAGCUCUUUCAGCUCAUUGAGGGUCUGGAGAAAGGAAAGGUGUACACCGUGAGAGUGUCAGCCUCCACCGUGAACGGAUCCGGACCGACGACGGAGUGGAUCGCAGCCGAAACCUUCGAGAACGACCUGGACGAGUCUCAGGUUCCAGGAGUCCCGAGUUCUCUUCAUGUUCGUCCGCUGGUGAACCGAAUCGUGGUGAGUUGGACUCCUCCAGAAAACCAGGACGUUUUAGUCCGAGGUUAUAAAAUCGGAUACGGAAUCGGCAGCCCUCAUGCCCACACGGUCACUCUGGAUUACAAACAGCGCUUCUACAGCAUCGAUAACCUCGAUCCCAGUUCCCAUUACGUCAUCACCCUCAAGGCUUUCAACAACAUGGGCGAAGGCAUUCCCAUCUACAACAGCGCCACGACGAGACCUCAAUCCGACCCCAUAGAUGCUGAUAUUGAUUUUUAUGAGCUCUUUAAUAACCCAUACACCCCAGCACCCGACCCCACACCCAUGCUGCCCCCGGUGGGCGUUCAGGCCACCGUCCUCAGCCAUGACACUGUCAAAGUCAGCUGGGCCGACAACUCGCUCGCCAAGAACCAGAAGAUCACCGACUCCAGAUAUUACACCAUCCGCUGGAAGACCAACAUCCCCGCCAACACCAAAUAUAAGACGGCAAACACCACGACCCUGUUCCAUACGGUAACGUCUCUGAAACCCAACACGCUUUAUGAGUUCUCCGUUAUGGUGACCAAGAGCCGCAGGAGCAGUACAUGGAGUAUGACGGCCCACGGGACCACCUUUGAGUCCA